UUGUCCAUUGCACCUCGCACGUCUCGACACCGGCACAAUGUCCCAGUCGGACGACGUCAAGCCGCUCAUCACAGUCGACGGGCACGAUGUAUUCAACCUUCCUGUCGUCGAGGACGAGGAAGAGCUAGAGGUGUCGCCGACGCUUGCGGACAGCAAGGUCUGGGCCAUCAAGGUGCCGCGGUUCCUCUUGGAGCGCUGGGAGCGGGUCGAGCAGGGCGGUGUGCACCUUGGGACGUUGUAUGUGGACAACUCCAAGAACCCACCAUACAUCACGCUCAAGCUGCCAGUGGAGGAAGAGGAGGAGAAGAAGCCUGAGAAGUCUGCCGGCCGCCCCGCCAAGCGCGCAAAGUUGGAUACGAACGGCAUCCCGGAUGAGUUCCAGGUCAUUCUCAACACUGAGCGCGUCAAGAACACGUACAUCUUCACGGAGAAGGAGCGGACGUGGGUGGCGCAGGGCGGUGGCGAGAGUUCUUCAGCCAAGCGCAAGCGCGAGAAGGCGCACCCGCGCCUGCUUGCCUCGCUCAACCACGAAGGCAGCGUUCGCCCCAUCACGUCGGCCAAGUACUUAAAGAUCCUGGAGCAGCGCCGCUUGGAGAAUGAGCAGUCGAAGCGCCCUAUUGUUCAGCUCGACGACACCAAGAUGUCGCAGGCCAAGCUCAACCAGUUGGCUUCGGGUUUUGCCAACGCGUCGUCUACGCUCGGCAAGGGCAUGGUGGACCGUCCACACCGCGUCGCUCCUGGCGAGCGCUACGCCCGCUUAGAGCGCGGCGAGCUCACCGACAGACUGUUUGCGCUAUUCUCUGACAAGCCCUACUGGUCCAUUACCGCGCUCAAGGCCACGCUUCAGCAGCCCGACGCGUGGCUGCGCGACGUGCUCAAGGAGGUCGCUGUGCUCAUCAAGGAGGGCCAGUACGCCAACAUGUGGCAGCUGAAGGACAACUGGAAGGACGUGGGGAAGAGCGAAGCGGGUGUCAAGCCCGAGGAGGAGGAGGACGAUGAUGACGACGAGGAGGACGACGACGAUUUGGAGUUGAUUGAGGUGUAAGGGGGUGUACGAGCCGCGCAGCGGCGAGUCCGGCCCCGGGUGAGGGUACGGUACCGCCGUGAGUCCGGUAUCGGUGGGGUUCAGGCCGCCGGUUACUGGCCGGAAGAGUCAAAGCCGGUCGGGUACGGCCUCCUCCUCCACACAGGCACGAGAAGAUAGAGAGUGGGUGAGCAAUCUUGGAGUCGCGUUCGCGAGGUCGCGGAGCGCCGACACCACGAUAGGCCGUAGCAUGUUGAGUGGCCGAGCCACAUGAUGUAUAGUAGUGCAUUGUC